AUGCCCGGCCGACUCGAAGGUAAAGUUGCGAUUGUCACCGGUGGUGGAAGCGGGUUCGGAAAGGCCAUCUCGACCAAGUUUAUCCAUGAAGGCGCGAAAGUCCUCAUCGCGGAAAUGAACGAGCAGAGCGGUCAGGCAGUCGCUAAAGAGCUCGGGUGCGAGUCGGUGAAGGCCAACGUAACUAGUCGCGAAGAUUGGAAGAAGGUCUUGGAGAAGUGCGUUGAGCUAUAUGGUGGCCCUGAUAUUGUCGUCAAUAAUGCCGGAACAAGCUACUCGAACCAGCCAUCCGAAGGGGUUCCCGAUGAAGAGUUUGAUCUCGUCUGCGCCGUCAAUUUCAAGUCGAUCUAUCUGUCAGUCGCUGUGAUUAUACCGUGGAUGAAGGAGCACAAGAGCGGCGGUUCAUUCAUCAAUAUCGCAUCCACGGGGGCCACCAGACCAAAACCACGGCUCACAUGGUACAAUGGGACCAAGGCUGCAGUUUGUUGUGCCACCAGGUCGCUGGCACAGGAAUAUGCCCCUAACAACAUCCGAUUCAAUUCGAUAUGCCCGCAAUUCGCCAGCACAGGACUGUCUCACAAAUUCCUCGGAAAGGAAAAUACCCCCGAAAACCGCGCCUAUUUCGUAUCCUUGAUUCCCUUGGGAAGAUUGACUGACGUGACGGACAUUGCCAAUGGUUGCUGCUAUCUGGCAAGUGAUGAGGCGAGCUUCAUUACCGGAACCGAGUUGAUCAUCGACGGUGGUCGAAGUGCCUAG